AUGUCGUCCUCCAUGACUAUUACGGUGCAUCGAUUUCCUCAACAGUUGGAUUUGGUCAAGGAAGGGAGUGUUCUGCUUUGCGUUUGCGCAAUUUCUUUGAUGGAAGCUGAUUCCAGUGGUGGCUUUGAGUCACCGCCUGCAGCUCCUCAGGAGCUACUUCGAUAUUCUGUGAUACGUGUUUAUACGAGCGAAGCCAUGAUCGAGGACGCGGAGGAUUCCGGGAAGCGAGACUUCCCGAAUCUCAAGGCCAGUGCGAACGUUGCAGAGGAGGUGAAUGAUGAAAUCGUGUGCCGGAAUGCAAAUGCUGCCUCGACUUAUCGCAUCAAGAAUGAGGACGUACAAGAAAAUCGACUGACUGUCGACAAAUCGCCUUGUGAUAUGUUACAAAUUACUUCGGAAGCGAGGUCGAAUGCGAAUCGUGGAUUUCGAAAUCUAGUUAUGGACUGGUGGCGUUUCUCUCAUGGACCAUGCCAGUUAAAAUCGACCCACAUCUGUGAUAUCAAUUGCAAGGACAUGUCCGAGCAAAUUGCCGAUGCUGUUGCCAAUCUAAAAGCUCACCUCGGUAAAUGUGUUAACGGCUCGUAUCCGCGUGGACCUGCAAAUCUCGACAGUUGGGGUAUUCAUCGAUCUCUUCGACUACGUGGUGGCGCUGGCGCUGCCGCCGAUACGAAUUCCAGUGGAGGCGGUUGGGGAAAUUCUGGUGGAUCAAAUGGUUCAACGGCAGUUGGAAACCCUCCGUCCUGGAACCAACCUCCACCAAAUGUUCCCGCCGGGCAACAGCCAUCGAAUCCCUCGUGGGGUCAGCAGUCGAAUGAGAGUGGUGAUGCGUCGGGGAAUUCUGUUGGGUCUGGAGCCCCUCCUGCGAAUGGGAGUGGUACGUCGUGGGCACAAGCAGCUGGGAAAGGGCUCCCGAAUAACACACAAGGAAACUCGAAUAGCCCUGGAACUUCUGCAAAUGGUAACGGUGGACCUGGCUCCGGUCCGUCUCACGCUUCUGGAUCCGUCCCUAAUGGCAGUAGCACCUUGUCAGGUAGCUCUAACGAUUCUCAGCAGCAGAAGCGAGAACUGGAGAAAAUUAGGGAAGCUCUGUACGCAACGGACGGCUGGGGAGGAAAAAACGUCAAUCAAGAUUCAGAAUGGAUUGUUCCACCGUCCCCGCCACGAAGCCCCACCAGCGAAAACCCGUCUUCAUGGAAAGCAACGAACAACUCCACUGGUACGGAACUGUGGGAGAAUAACAUCAGAAAUGGGGGCGUAUCUCAUCGAAUCCCGGAAAUUCCGAAUAGCACCGUUAAACCUCCGUGGGGUCGCUAUGGCAAUUCCAAUGAAUUUGGUGGUCAAUGGGAUCCGGAUGAUGAAAACGGAGAACCUGGCCAAUCUUGGACCGCACCUCCACCGAAUCAAUGGGGUUCUGGAGUGAAUGCUGGACAAAGUAGUGCUUCCGGAAUGUGGCAGGCGGGCAAGGAUAAAUCGAAUGUUGACUGGUCAAAUCCAGGAACUUCAAACUCCGGUCCGGCAUGGGAUCCGCGAGGUCCAAAUACAAAUCGCUGGGGUAAUUCUCUCCCGGGCCCUGUUGGAAGCAUGGGAAAGCCAAGCGGUGGCCCUGGUGUGCCAGCCGGCGGUAGUUGGGGAGCUAAAAGUGGAUGGGGCGACGAAGGUGCUGCAUCUGGAAAAGGCGGAGAUGACGGUACUGCGCUUUGGGGAGACGCGAGUGCCCCUGGGGGUAUGCGGAAAAAGGAAGGAAUGAUGGGUCGUGGUAUGCCCGGCAGUGCCGGCGUGAGGAUGCCCCCCGGUGGCCGACCGCCUGGGCACCGAGGUUGGGGUGACGAAGGACCCGUCGCACCUGACCCGGCGGGUACCUCGAAUUGGGGCUUGCCGCCGUCCUCCCCCCCACAUCUUGGUGGUCCCGCUGGUUGGGGACAAAAGCCGAAACCUUCCGGAAUGGGAUGGGGUGAAUCCAGUGAUAUGUUGGAUUCCUCCGGUGGCAAUUGGGCCGGACACAAGCAGGGGAAAAUGAUGGGCAAGGAUUUAUGGAAGCAACCCUACGGUGGCUACAACAAGGAUGAUUCCGGGGCGAUGGGAGGUGGAAGAAGCAUGGAAGAGAUGCCCGAGGUGGGCCACAGCUAUGGUUCGCAUAGAAACGAUCCUGCAAAUAUGGAUCCGUCUGGCGUGGGUAUGGGUGUGCAGCCGAGCAGUGCUGGACCAGGUGGCUGGCCUCCCUCGAAUCUUGGCGGAGGGAUGCGGAUGGACGAGCAUCACCAUGGCCACCAUGGAGGGGGAUUUGGCGGGAAUAAUCCGUACGAGUCGGGAAUGAUGCCGGGCGCAGUCGGAGGUGGAAUGGGUAGGGUUCCUGGCUCAGGAUUCUCUGGACAAUCGCAACCAAACCUGCCGCAGUAUAUGCAGGGAAGAGGUUCCGGUGGGCCUGGAAUUCCCGGAGCCGGUGCAGGUAUUGGAUCGUCGUCGGUUGGAUCCGGAGUGCGUCAAGGACAACCUUCUUCGCAGCAAUUACAACUUCUCGUUCACCAAAUUCAUGCCGCAGUUCAGUCAGGACACCUCAAUCCUCAGAUUUUAAAUCAAAAACUCAGUUCAACCACGUUGGUGUUGCUGCACGAUUUGCUGAAUCAGAUCAAAAUCCUCCAAGGGCUGAUGUCGCAGCAAAUGCAGUACCAGCAGGGUCAAGUUCGUGGUCUGCCACCGAAUGCAGUGAUGCAAGUGUCGGUGAAGAUAACGCAAACUAAGCAACAAAUUCAAAACUUGCAAAACCAGAUCAACGCCCAGCAAGGAAUUUUCACAAAAUCUGGUGGCCCGCAUCUCGGAGGACCCAGUGCAAUGAUGAUGGACUCAAAUAUGACGGGUGGAAGCGGGUUCCAGAAGUUUGGUCAAGGUCCUGGGGCGGCAGGGUUCGGGAGUGCCGUUGGCCAGGAUCCGAUGUUCUCGUCAAUGAUGGGAUCUAUGAAUCUUAAUGCGUCCGGAAUCUUGAUGGGAUCGGGUGUGGGGAUGGGUUCCCACACAAAUCCCGGAGAUGUAGCCGGAGUUGGUGUGGUGGAUUACCAACAACACACUUCCGGAAUGCAAUCUUCGUCGUCGAGGUUUUUUAAUGAUUGGCGUGCCGGCGAUGCGAACAAGCGGGAUGACGGAAGUGCUGGACUUGGCUACUCUGGUGCAGGGAUGCUUGGAGGAGCCGUUGAUGGAACUUGGGCCACGACAAAUAUGAAGGUAGAAACUGGGGGCUGGCCAGAUUCUGCCAUGGGCGGAGUACCCGGUUCGCAAGUCGGUUGGAGUAGUGGUGGAGGAGUCGGAUCCAGUGUCGGGUCUUCACAUUACAACAUUUCCGAUCUUCCCGAGUUUGAGCCGGGAAAACCCUGGAAAGGAAACCAACUAUUGAAAAAUAUCGAGGACGAUCCUACGAUUACUCCGGGAUCCGUGAAGCGAAACCCAUUUUCUGUGGCAGCGAUUAAAGAGCCCGAUCUUGGUAUGAAGACACCGUUGACCUCAUCUGAAUCUGCAGCGACCUCGACUUCCACUGGAUCUAAACCUGGCAGCGGAUCUGGUAGCGCUGUCGUAUCCACUUCCGGAGCUCCUGGUUUUGGCACGUCUACUUGGAGUUACUCCUCUGGCCGCAAUACAUGGCUCGUUCUGAACAAUCUGAGUCCAGGCAUGGACUCGUCAACGUUGAAAACACUGUGCAUGCAACACGGUCCUCUGAACGCAUUCCAUGUGAUGUCACACCAAGGCGUCGCACUCGUGCGCUACUCAUCGUACGAUGAAGCGUCAAAAGCUCAGGCCAGCCUGCACAACUGCAUUUUAGGCUCGGCCACGAUCCGUGCGGAUUUUGCGUCCGAUUCGGACGUUCAGUCUUUCCUUGGGAAUUCAUCGGUUCAGCAGUCCGCAGGGGGAGGUCAAGGCAUGCAGACCUCGCAAAACCAGAUGCAGCAACUCAAUUCUUCCGCAACUUGGUCUAGUGCCUCGAUGACAUCGCAAGGGUCUGCGAAGACUCACGAGACGUCGUGGGCGCAGUCUGGUAUGAAUUCAUGGAGCGGCGGCGGUGGAAAUGCUUCUUCGCUGUGGGACUCCGCCGACCAGUCACACUCGUACUUGCCUGACAAUCUCAUCUAAAUGUGGAAGACUGAUUCCAGAACCGCCCUCGACAUUCGUCCUGAUUCGUCUCUGAAGUAUUUGUAUGUGUAGAAACACAAGGGCAUGUGUUUAUUCCAGUGCGGCGAAAACGUGAGGGACCCGGUUGACUGUUACUGUUCUUGGUUUGCUGUGAACAGUGUUCCGUGGCGUCCGUUGAUUUCGGCGUUAACGUUACGGCUGCCCUGACUGCAUCGUUUCGCCAGUGUGGGGUUGAGUGAGUUCGGAAGUCUAGAAGCUUUGCUGAAGAAGACUGCCAACAACAGGCUUUCGUUCUUGUACGUAAUUGCUGAAAAUCUCUCACAAGAAAGAGCAUCUUGGGUUCGGUCCAAGUGUAAUUAAGUGCCCAAAGAGUUUCGGUAAUAACGCAGCAUUAUACUCUUGGCUCAUGUUUGAGUCACGAUCGACCUUUCGACUAGAAAUAUAUCUACUUUAUUUGGCUUCGGAAGAGAAAAAUCCACGAAUCGACUCGUUUUGGUGACGUGCUUAUUGUUCAUACACGUAAAUUUAUUAUAUCUGAAGUGUCAGUUGAACAGGUCGGAGAAAUCAUCUGCUUUUCAAUUAAGAUUUUCUUUAGUCGAUAGUUUAUCGCGUGAUGGUCUAUCAAUUAUCUCUUCUUUUUUUAAAUGUCUCCGAUUUGACGGUAACAAAGAUAUGACCUUCGUUGCUCACGGACCCUGGCGGUGUGUGGUUCAUAUCUUAACGAUUGCACAAACCGCAGCCUGCCGUGCUUCAAUGGGAUUUCAUUGACGAGUUGAUGUGUGAUGAUGGUGGGUGUACCUGAAGUAAGAAUAAGUGACCUGCUUGCUGUACCAAAUGCUAUUUCGCUGUUUAUGAGUGCUCCUUUAUCUCGCUCGCUGUUCGUGUAGCGUAGGACAUUUCAUUAGAUUUAUCUACUGGUUUGUGUAAGAUCAUCCACAUUUUCCUGUGCUUUCCUGUCCGGAAAAACUCGCCAUCCGAUUAUGUUUAUUCUCUGAAACGCAAUCUGAAGAUGAAACUGCUUUUGUCUAUGGAUGAACUUUGGACGUGGGAAACGAAUGUUCCGAAUCCGGUAAACCGUGCAUGAAAAUCGUUGUGCAUCCGGAUUCACGAACUUUUCCAACAUUUCCUGAUUCAAAGAACUCUUAGAAUGAUGCGCGUUGUGUGUGUCUCAUUUCCAAGACGGUUUUUUUUUUUUUUUGGAUGUUGUGACAGUAUUCCAUUCUCAGUUGAAUUUCGCGAAAGUCGGCGACCUAGUCUCACUCGUUAUUUACUGAAGCCUGUUUUUUGUCAUUUUUGGGGACAUUUAUGAAGGCUAGUGUCUUUUUCCCGCGGAAGAUGGGAUCCCUUAGCUUUUUAAAGACUCGGCGGUAUGCUCAUUUAAAGUGAGUUCAAUUGGGGACCAACAACGGAUCGAAAAAGUCUGAGCAGAUCAGGAAUGUAUUAAGAUCCAUCUCCAUAGUAUGUGGUCCGACUAAUACUACUUGAUUGAACGUGUUGGGAACUACGAGGGCUAACUGGUUUCUGCGCAAAAUUUGUAGAAAAUAUUUAAACCAAUGAAAGAUUAUACCUUUAUUCGUUAAUUUUUUCAUAAUGGCCGUAUGUACAUUUUAAUUCUCUCAGUAGCUUCCAUAUUUCGAAUAAAAUAAAUUCCUUGAGCAUGAAAUUGGGCGUGAUUGGAACUCGUGUGCAAAUUAGGCAAACUUUCAAAACUCAAAUGUUCAUGUCAGAAGAAUCUGACUUGAAUUACCUUUUCAUUCGAAAAUUCUUGAGUAUCUCAGUUGAACAGUAGUACAAUACUUCGAUUAUUUAGGCUCCACUGCGUCUGACGCUAAACUUUUUUUAAAGGGAUCCAAUUAGCCUGCCUACCUCCCAAUUUUAAAUGUAGUUUCUUUAUUUUAUUCAUAUAAUUAUCCAGGCCAAAGCAUUUCAAGUUCAGUCUCAUUCUUGAAAAUAAUUAACCGUUAAUAUAAUUCGUGUUUUUUUUUACACUUCGAAAACUUCUCAUGUGUGAACCAGGUAACCCUCUUCGUUCCCCAAUUUGAAGGCCUCAAAUUCAACUGGCGAUCAUUUCUCCUCUUGCCUUGUCAAGGUGCACCCGUGGUCGUUGUUUUUGGCCGCAGUGGUAUUCUGAUAACUCUGCGUUACCAAACUGGGGUAGCUUCGUAAAAGAAAAGAAAAAGUACGAGAAAAAAAUGAAUUCUUUAGUUUUAUAUCUGGUUUUUGAGCGUCCGGUCAUGAUCUCGCUGUUCCGCUACCGCCCGAUUUGUGCAGUAUCCAGGUACGUUCAGGUGACCUUGUUGAUUUUUUUAAGUAAUCACCAGUGUGAUGAAGAUUUGAAUUUGUCCGAAAUCGUGCCAAAAGUAUUGCUGAGUCUUGCGAAAUUUGUCCUCCCUCACUUCGAUCUGCCUACUAGACCAUUCUUUUUUUUUUCUGACUAUAGUGACGUACUUCGUAUCAUUGUAAAGGAAAGCAUCUUCGACCGAGAUCACGAAGUUCCGUUUUGUUCGUCCCGUCCAUUCAGUUAGGAAGUUUUCACGGAAAACGAACGGCUUUGCAACGGGAUUCCCUGGAUUGUGGUUUAUUUGAAUACGAGAAGUAUGGAUUUAUGUUGAGAAUUUGACUCGUGGAUUCAGCGUCCAAGUGAAUCUGCAGAAGUACCGAGAUGAGGAUUUGACGAGUGAUAACACCAAGAUGGAGUUUUGUCACUUCGUGAUGAAAAAAAAUUGUUUCUUCUGAUCGGGCGAUCUGAAGGAGGCAUUUGGCCUUUAACAACGCGUCUCAUGUUCGCGUUUACGAUAUUUUGUAGUCGCGUCUAUUUUUCUGUUCAUAACAUUUUUUUCAAUGCCAGAGAAGUGCAAACUUUUUUGAAUGAGCCGCACCCGGAAAACCCCAUUCGAUUAUCUGUCCAGCUGGAGCAGAUGCAUAUGAAUUCUUGGCUGUUAUUUUUUUUGUUCCUUCAAGAUUUCGGACCGUUUUUCAUGUUUUUCCGAUGGAGCAUAUACCUUGAAUAUUUUGAGUCCUGAAGUUUUGACAUACUUGAGAAGGGGAAAAAUAAUUAGAUAGUGCUGCUCUAUGAAAGCGUUCUUUGGCCUUGACCUUGUUUCUUGUAACACUGAGAUGUUGGAAAGUCAUGCAUGACUGAUGCCAUUAGAGGAAUCAUGUUCCACGUCCCUCGAAACGAUGCAAUGGUAAGCUGACGGAAAUCCGAGCAAGAAUUUUCUUUUUUUAUUGUUUUCUUUUCGAUGGGAGGAAUCCUUUGUGUCGGAAAGUUCUUAAUGCUGAAAUCAGGAUAGGCAUUUUACCCUCGUGCUCUUCCAUUGGGUAAAAACGAGUGUGCUGUGCAGUGAUGACAGUCCUCACGAAAAGUGCUGGAUUUUUUUUCAUUUGAUUUUGCUCUGUUGACGCGUGAGCGCUGUAUCGAUGGGGGAAAACGUUGGCCUGUAAGGGAUUUUGCGUUAAAUACGGAGCCAUCCGGGAUUGGGAUCGGGAUAAAAGUGAUGUCCGUUUGAUGUUGACGAAUUUUUGCGGAUGGGAAUACGGCCGACCCUUUCUGUCGGAUUUUUUUUUUCGAGUAUCUCGUUAGCCAAAGCUUUCGCCGUUGAAGAUCUUUCGUCGAAGAUGUUUUUGAGACGUCUGUGAGGUUUGGUGCAUUUUGAUUGUGAAAACGGUUGUCUCGAGAUUGCGCAAGUGCGUUUUGUUGGGAACGGUUACAAUGGAAUCGAUGCAAAAGCCUGCCAUUUGUGAUACAAUGCUCGAGCAACGCGUUCAAGUCGCCACGCCAAACCAGAUUUCUAGCCAGUUCUGCUGGAAUGUCAAAACCUUGUCCUGUAAAAGGGUGGUUGGUGGUCCCAGCGUGAGCGAUUUCGCAUAUCUGAUGCUCUUAGAUGCAUGUAGAAGUUUGGAUUCGUUGCGUAUGUGUUAGGGGAUGGUUAACAAAACUGAACGAUUGGGUUUGUAAUUCGCGUUCCACUCGGAGAUUGUUGCUUGAAAGUGAGCCGCGAUUUGUUGUUCGGAUGAAAGAGUCCAGCAAACGAAUGCGUGUAUAUUAUGAAUAUAUUCAAGGAAUAAAAGAUAGUUCUGGCUACGGA